AACAACACAGAUGCAAUAUGGACCGGUAAAUGCGGAAGCAGCACGAGCUACUUCACGCUCGCCAGCAAGGAACAACAGAUGGACGGCUUCCAAUGGAAGCUGCGGCACGGCAACAAGUCUUCACCAGUGCUAUUAUUCCAAAUCCGAGUUCGAGAUUGCUGUACAAAAUAUUGCCAGUGCGGUUGUACGCCAACGGGCGAGUCAUAAACAGUUUCGCCCUCUUCGGUGAUGGUUCGGCAAUAUCAAUGAUGAAUAGUAACUUGUUUGGACGCCUGGGUCUCAAAGGGCAGAAGGAAAAUUUGACGUUGCAAUGGUUCGGCGGUACCACGGUAACAGAGCAGUCAAGCAGGGUCGACGUUCAAAUAUCCGGGGUUGGUAGGUUUAAUAAAAAGUUUUUGUUGCGGAAUAUCAGAACGGUGAACAACCUUCAACUGCCGACACAGACACUCCAGCUAUCAGAGGUGCCGUACAAAUAUCGUCACUUGCCGAUCAAGAGAUAUGAUAGAGCGGUCCCGGAACUGUUGGUUGGGUUAGACAACGCACACUUAAGCAUCUCAAGGAAGACUGUUGCCGAUGGAGUGGAUGGUUACUCGGUGACACUUACGAAGCUCGGCUGGAUUGCCUACGGUGGCAGGAAUCGAGGCGUUGGAGAACGGUGCAACUAUGUGCACUUUGCAAAUGUGGAUAACGGUCUGGAGAGGCUCGAGCGUUUGGUGAGUGACUAUUUAAUUAACGAAUAUCUUAGUGUACGCGAAGGGGUGCAGGACUGUGUGGAUGCAGAUACAGUCAGAGCUAAAGAGUUGUUAGAAAGCACGACCGUGAGAAAGGGUUCCCACUUUGAGACUGGCCUGAUUUGGAGGCAGGAGAAUGUGGAACUACUAGAUAGUCGAAAAAUGGCGGAAAACAGGUUGUUAGCUCUAGAAAAGAAAUUCAAGCGCGAAGAUAAAUUUAAGUCAGCAUACGUUCACGUAAUGAAGGAAUACGAGGCUAAAGGAUAUGCAAGGAAACUGACGGCGGAUGAGGUCCUGACAGGAGGAAAGCUUAGCUGGUACCUACCACACUUUGAAGUUUGGAACGCGAACAAACCUGGAAAGAUGAGACUUGUCUUUGACGCUGCUGCGGAAGUUAACAAUGUACCGCUGAACUCGACUUUGCUUAGAGGACCAGACUUAAACCAACCUUUAGCAACCAUCCUAAUGAAAUUCCCGCAGAGGCAAGUAGGUGUAUGUGCGGACAUAGUGGAAAUAUUCCACCAAGUGAAGAUACGCGCCGAGGAUCAAGCAGUACAACGCUUCUUAUGGAGCACAGACCCUGAACAUCCCAUCGAAGUCUACACUAUGAGCGCGAUGACAUUUGCAGUCACUUGCUCACCAAGCUCGGCACAGUUCUUUAAGAACAAAAACGCAGAGGAGUUUAGAGUACGGUUUCCUGAAGCGGUGGAGACCAUAGUCAACAACCACUACGUCGACGAUUUUGUCCACUGUUUCUCCACCGUAGACGAGGCAAUCCAAAUAACUGAGCAGGUAGUGUGGGUUCAUAAACAGGGAGGUUUUGAAUUAAAGCGUUUUGUAUCAAACUCUGAACAGCUAACUAAAAGAAUGAAUAAUAAAGAAGAACGUCCGUCGUACUUAAAGCUCGAUAGAGAUAAUGCUGGUAUUUUUCAGAAAGUCCUCGGGUUACAGUGGGAUACGAUUAAUGAUGUUUUCAGACUUGUGCUGUCGUUUGCGAAGGUGGAUCCAGUAGUGCUUGCUGGCCAGCGGAGACCAACUAAGUGAGAAGUAUUGAGCGUCACCAUGUCGGUGUUUGAUCCGUUUGGAAUGGCGGCGGAGUACACUAUGGAAGCGAAGCUCCUCUUACAGUCAACUUGGCGUGCGAGUACCGCCUGGGAUGAAUAUAUCUCGGAAGAAUUGCAUGAAGCAUGGCUAAGAUGGUUGAAAGCGAUCAAGCGUUUGGAAGAAAUAAGCGUGCCGCGGGGCUACGGAUUACACUUCAAGCAGUAACAGUUGAACUACACAUAUUUUCCGACGCGAGCGAAGUAGUUUAUGCAGCAGUAGCAUACUGGAGGUCACCAGAGGGAGCAAGUACUACCAAUCCCAUAUUCAUCUCAGGAAAGACAAAAUGCGCACCAUUAAAGCUUACAUCUAUUCCCCGCCUCGAGCUGCAGGCUGCAGUGUUGGCUAAGCGACUUCGCAAGAGCAUCCUUCAAUGUCACGACAAGUUCUCUAAGAGAGUGGUGAUGUGGAGUGACUCCAAAACAGUGCUAGCUUGGGUAAAAUCUGAUCACCGGUGCUAUAAACCAUACGUGGCUCAUCGCGUGAACGAGAUCUUGGAGGCUAGCAACGUUAAUAAGUGGCGAUGGUUUCCAGGCGCCUUGAAUCCGGCUGAUUGGGGAACCCGUCCGAGGGCAGACAAAAGAAAUUCGUCCUGGAUCGGUGGGCCGAAGUUCCUACCACAAGACGAACACCUGUGGCCGCCGGACGCGGUGAGUCCGAAUAAGCACGAGGAACCUCGCGCAAAAUUCUCAGUUUUGACAGUUAAGAUAAGCAUUUUCAUGUUUAAGAAAUUCUCGACGCUGAUCCUCAUGACCAGAGUAGUAGGUUGGAUUCUGCGAUUCCGAAACAACUGUAGGAAAGACGUAAGCAAAGAAUCUACGGAGGACUAAGCGCUACGGAAGUAAGAAGAGCUGAAUUUGCGAUAAUUCGUGCAGUACAACAGGAGAGCUUUGCUGAGGAAUAUUACGCGCUGAUG